AUGUGCGAACACUCCGGGGAGACUAGGGGGUGGGGAAACAGGGAUACCAUGAUUAUUCCGAAUGCCCUGUGGCGAGUUCCAACCGGGGGCCUUGGGAGCCUGAGGGCUAUCGGGUGUUAUUUUAGUUCCUCGCCUUGCACACGCUCCCAACAUCGUUCUUCGUUUCUCCCAGCGACAAUGUCCACCGCUGGUAUCUUCGCUGUAGACCAUGUCCCCCAGGGCUCCCACCAGCGCUCUGGCAGCGGUUUUACUGUCGAGGCAAUGUUCCAGCAAAUCAUGCAUGCUGUUCACCAGUCGCACCGCGACAUUGCGGAACUCAGGCAAGAGUGCCACGAGCUGAGGCUGGCAAAUGCUUCUCUGGAGCGCCAGGUCCGCGAGGGUCUCCAGUACAACAUGUAUAAUUCUCGAAACGGUACCCCAGGGUUCAUGACGCCAGCCCCUCCUAGCCCGCAGCUACGGCCCAAACUAUCGCCCUUUCUCAACCAUAGUAUUCCCGCCAUCACUACAACCUCCCCUGAUACGUCCUACUACCGUCCGUCUCCACUAGGCGAUAAUUCCCUUACCGCAUUCCCAUACACCAACCGCGACAUUCCAGGAUUCUAUGUCGUCAUUCCAGCUGGCGGUGCUGGAACGCGCCUUUGGCCCCUUUCGCGCGAAAGUCAUCCGAAAUUUUUGCUUGACCUGACUCUCAAAGGCCGAUCUCUCAUUCAAGCUACAUGGGACCGUCUUCUUCCCCUCGUCUCUGCCGCACGCACCACUGUCGUCGCAGGUCCGGGACACGUCAAGAGCAUUCAUGAGCAGCUUCCGGACCUCCUUGUAGACAACCUCUUUUGUGAACCCGGUCCUAAGGACUCGAUGGCCGCCAUUGGUCUCGCCGCUGCGGUACUCGCCACCCGCGAUCCAGAUGCCGUCAUUGGUUCCUUUGCUGCUGAUCAUAUGAUUUCCGGCGACGAAGCCUUCCUCUCUGCAGUCGCGGAGGCCGUCGAAGUCGCGAAGAAAGGCUACCUCGUCACAAUAGGUAUCGCGCCGUCUCACCCGUCAACUGGAUUUGGUUACAUCCGUCUCGGGGAUAAGCUGGGGAUGAAGGAGGCGCCAAAUGCCCGCCUUGUGUCCAGUUUCAAGGAGAAGCCCGAUGCACGGACUGCUGCUCAGUACAUUGGUACUGGUGCGUACCGAUGGAACGCUGGUAUGUUCGUGACGAAGGCCACCGUUCUUCUCGACCUCCUGAGCGAGUACAAGCCCGACCUUGCAGAGGGUCUGAAGAAAAUAGCCGCGGCUUGGAACAACGAAACUCUGCGCCAGCAGGUUCUUAGUGAAGUCUGGCCGACCUUGGAGAAGAUUCCCAUCGACAAUGCCGUCGCGGAGCCUGCUGCUGCGGAAGGCAGAGUCGCCGUGGUCCCCGCAACUUUCGGUUGGGACGAUGUUGGCGACUUCUCCUCACUUGCUGACCUAUUGCCGGCAGAGGCCAGUCAACCUCGUAUCCUAGGAGACGCUCAUCUUGUCCUCACGGAACAAGUGGCAGGAGGCAUCGUCGUUCCAGGAUCCGGGCGUCUCAUCACCUGUCUGGGAGUUGACGACCUGGUCAUUGUGGACAUGCCUGAUACACUUCUGGUGACGACUCGCGCUCGUUCGCAAGAGGUUAAGCGUCUUGUCAAGAAGGCUCGAGACUCUGGAUGGAAGCAACUGCUCUAA